AUAAAGCUGCUGUUAGAACGUCCAUAAAAAUCCCUACAACUUUCUUCUCACAGCAAUCUUUUAACAGACAGGCCCAAAAACUUCUCUGCCCCCACCACUAAUCUUCAAAUUUAGAGAGACCACAACUUCCCUAAAGAGAUCCCAAAUGGCAAAGGAUAUGGAAUCAUUCCAAUCCCAGGAGGAGAAGCGACGGAAGAGGAUGAAGCUCGCCGCAUACAUCGGCGCCUUUGCAGUGUUCCAGGUUAUCGUCAUUCUGGUUUUCGCAUUGGUCGUGAUGAAGGUCAAGACCCCGAAGUUCAGGAUCGGGAACGGCAUCGAGAUCCAGUCCCUCACAGCCGGGACCCAGUCCUCACCCUCGUUCGACAUGAGCUUCACUGCACCGAUCAGGAUCAAGAACACCAACUUCGGGCCCUACAAGUACGAUGCCACCACCGUCAACUUCACCUACGGAGGCGUGCAGGUGGGGCAGGUGACAGUCCCGAAGAGCAAGGCCAACUUCAAGUCCACCAAGAAGGUCGACGUUACUGUGUCCGUGAACUCUAAUGCCUUGACGAGCACUUCAGGCCUCGGGAGCGAGCUGAACUCUGGGAUGCUCACUCUGAACAGUCAGGGGAGGAUGAACGGGAAGGUGGAACUGAUGCUCAUCUUCAAGAAGAAGAAGUCCACCAACAUGAACUGCACCAUGGCAAUUAACGUGUCGACGAAGGCGAUUCAAUCUGUGUCCUGCAAAUGAGGUUUACUGGAUUGCAGAGGAUGUAAACAUUAUUUAUCCGUCUCAUUCUUUGAUCAUUCUUGAGACUGUGUGUGUAGCUUGGAUUUAUUCUUUUACUAAUUAUAUUCACGUGUUCUUAGUUGAUGAAAAUAAAUAAUAUUUAUUCUUUGAUUA